UGAUUACGAAAGCUUCGAAAAGUUAUCACAGAUUUCGAAACGGAUAAUAUAUCCAAGCGUACUCUCGGUAGUUGAACCGAGUCGAUUCGCUCGUUGCCUAGGAAUGUUCGGCAGGAAAUUUCCAUUCAAGCGAUUCGAUCGGGUUGUAUAGAACGACUCGGGGCCCUGGCAUCAUCCCGAUACGAGUCUGCCAUCGUAAAGGCCACGGGAAAAGCCGACAAGUGUCGGAGAUGGCCGAGGUGUGGUUGCGCCGAGCCACGAGCUACCCUCGGCAGCAGCUCACGACUGGCUAUGGCUAUUGACCGAGCUUGGCAGACCGGCCGGUCAGCUGUGCGCUUCGCCGGCGGUGUGGUAUUCUCCUACGCGGUCAGGAAGAAGCCGUCCACGUAAACGAGACGGUGUGUCGUCGCGAGAAUCGGUGACGAAGAACCGGAAACGAGCAAACGAGCCUGUCCGUCCAGUCAAAUCGAGGUAGAGCCAACCAAGAGAACCCUCCAGGAGAAGAGUAGUCCGGCGGCGACGAUGCCCCAAGAUCGCUCUCGCUUCGGAUAGAUGGACAGAUGGAUGACAGAUCGCGUCGACGAUCUCCGGGUGUGUUCUCGCACCACGUCCUCGCCAUACAUCAGCGAGUAAAGUCGGAAGUAGAGAGACAAAGACACUGCCUGGUCUCAUCAUCAUCGUCGGUGGCUCAGUCCGAGUGAAAGCCCCAAAACGUACGAUCCGCUACAUCUCGCCGCGAAAGAUAAAGCCGGAGUAGGAGAGUGAACCAGGAAGCACGGAGAAAGAAAAAGGGAGAGAGAAAGAUAACGACGAGAGGAAAAAGAGAGAAGGAGGGUCUUGGUCCACGGGCAACACUCGACAUAUAGAGAUCGACCGGCUGUGCAGAGACGAUCCCACGAGAAAACGAAGAGAGCGGCAACGAGCGAUCCGGAAAAAGAGAGAGAGAGAGAGAGAAAGAGAGAGACGGUGGGAGGGGAUGGUGGAAAGGAGAGAGAUAAAAAGAGAAAGAUCGAGUGUGGGAAAGACGCGGAGUGAAAUAGAGAGAGAGGAAUAGGCAGAUAGAUAGGUGUCCGUGUAUCUAUGUGCGACGAGUGACGUGUGCAGGUGUGCGCGCGUGGCUCAGGCAGACCGCCGGUUGCAAAAAGUGCAGUGCUCCGUAGACUUUUUCAUCACCGAAGAAGAGAACUGCGUGCGUGCGUGCGUGCGUACGUACGUGCGUGCGACGUACGUGCGUGCGUGCGUGCGUACGUGCCGUCCGUCCGUGCCGUCCGUGCGUGUAUACGUGUCUCUCUCUCUCUUUGUCUCUCUUUAUUUUUCUCUCUCUCUCUCUUUCUCUCUCUCUCUCUCCCCCUCCUCACCGUACAUGUAUGCGCGAGAGUGCGUGCGCCGCCUUCGCAAAGAGACAGACACACCGGCGAGUUUUCGGCCGUGUACCUGCGAACGAGGACGAGCGAGAGCCGCGACCGAUCGACCGACCGACCGACUCUUCUCUUUCUUCAUGAUUUAUAUGGUAAUUCCGCUAUGAGAGGAGAAGCGGGCGAAAGCGGACAGAGAGCGGUCGGAAGGGCAGCUAACUCGGAUUCGUAGAGUACGCGCGUCAAGUGCGAGGGAAGAAAGAGAUAGCGGGAUAUCCUCGAGAGGGGGACUAGGAGGUGGACGUCGCGGCGCCGACGUCGACAGAAUACCUACGUGGACGGUUUUACCGGGUGGAAACGAGCGCGAUUCGUCGACAGAGAGAAGAGGAGGUAAUAGGAUCGUCCGCCAAGGUCUACCUUGCCGGCUGAGAGAGAGAAAGAUAGAAGGAGAGCAAGAGAGGGGAACCGAGAUAGGGAGAGAGAGAGAGAGAGAGAAAGAGAACAAGAGUGAGCGAGCGAACGAACCUGAUACACACGGACUCCGACUCCAACUUCAGCGUUGACUCGCGGUCGGUAAAGCAUCGGGACGACGGUGGCGGUGAUCCAGCGAGACACUAGCGUUCGCGAACGAGCGCGGCGGUUGGCAGUCGCGGCUUUCUGGUGGACGUGAUAAGGACGAACGGUGCGAUCCGGCGAGCAAAGCGGUCGACCGUGCGAGAACGAGUUGCGAGAGAAAGAAAGAAGGAAGGAAAGAAACGAAGAGCCGAUCGGCGAUAUCCGGCGAGGGGAACGCAGUACUUUUCAAUUUGAUAUUACGUCCGAUGCUGCGUGUGCCAUAAUCUUGUUAGGAAUCGGCGAAUUAAAGGAAGAGCGAGGGAGGAAGCGAAAGAAUAAAGAGGAACUGAGAUCUGCGAAGGAGAAAACGAGUCCUUGGUCAGCGAUUUGGCACUAGGUGGAUUUAAUCGCGGUCGACAGCGCGGAGGAAGGCAAGAGGAAGCCGAAAAAGAAGAAAGGAAGCAACCGAGUGUCCUUGAUGGGCCAUCCGGCGCUACGUGAUCGAGCUGUAUCGCGACCGACAUUAGCUCGCCAUCGUCACAUCGGGGGAGAUUAGAGGAGGCGACCCACGUUUUACUCGCACCAUUCGGCGGACAACGCGGCGAGGACGGCGGGACGAAGCGAAGAGAGGAUCUACUUGCUGAUCAGCGCGAACCCGGGCGAUAAGCGGAGCUCUCGCCGUCUCGAGUUGAGUCCAACUGCUGAUUCGGCGGACACGAGAGCCGACUGCUUCAACGUUAUUAGUGCCCGCGAUGAUUUCAUGAUUAUCCGCGAGUAAUUUUCACGUUCGCACACAACGAUCGUGGACGAUCGUUCGAUCCGGAUCAACACUUUCCUCGACGGAAUCGAACCAGAACGAGACUCUUCGAUCUCCACGUGCGCACUGUCGACGAUUCCCCGAGAAGGCGAGCAAAAUCCUGGAUCUUGGCGAGUGGACGUGAUGAUGAACGACUCUUUGAAAAUCGAGGAGAUCGGGCGCGCCAUAGAUUCGCUUGGCACGGACCACCAUUAAUAAUCGAGGAUAAUCCGGCGGUGAUCGGUUCGAUUGAUUCGUCCAGGACGAUUCUCCUUCCCAGACGAUCUUGCUCCGAUAUCAUCCGGAAUUUACUCCCGAUCUCGCGCUCUCGAUAACCCACGAAGAUCAUCGCCUGUACGCUCGCACUCGCGCGGGGCUACGCUUGAAAAUCGCUCGGUGUCGUUGCUUGACAAAACCGGUUUCGUUCGGCUCGGCGAGUCUCGGCGUUUAUACAAAGGUCGUGUGUGAGAGCGCGCUGAGCGCGCGACUACGAGAGAGUGGUAGGAGUGAGAUUUAUGGAAAACGAAUUUACACGAGUCACACCCACGGGAGCGGCUGUCUAUCUCUCUCUCUCUCUCUCUCUUUCUCUCCUUUUUUGUAUCUUGGUCUCUCUUAUUCGUCCAUCUCCUUGUAACUCGUUCUCUCUCUCUUUCUCUCUCUCUUCCCUCAUUUCCCACUGUUCAUCUAUCAUUUUAUCCGCACGUUACCUUUGUUAAUAACAACUGCGGAAUCUGUGCGAUAACAGCGAAAGUCACACCGGUCGGGCGUCGAUCACGUUGACGAAUCCUUAAAGAAUCGGAAUCUCGAUCGAUGAGAGAACGAUAUCAAUCGGCCGGAUAAAGAUACCAUACUUGCAACGGCCUUGAAGAAUUUCUCCGGGUCGCCGUGCGAAGAAUUAACGGCGGCACGAGGAUAAUGAAGUGUUCGAUGACAUAAAAUCCACAAGAUUUAGUCGAGGAAUAAAUUUGCCAACAAAAGUGAAAAUACUCAGGUCUUUAGAAUACCUAAGAUCAGAAUUAACUUAUCAGGAAAUUUACGAUAAGAAGAAUUUUAUGCCGUCAAACCGUAUUCUACAAUUGAUGCCAGAAUUAGCUAGUAAAAUAAAUAAAAUUUUCGAUCGCGUAGGCAAAUGAAAUCGAUUCAGUAAUUAUAACGGAAUAAAAACUCGAACAUUUCUAGAAAGACAGAAAACAAAAAUAUAAGAUAUAUUUCAACAUUUAUGUGAAUUAGUGCGUUACGUUUAAUCAUAAAGCGUGUGUCGAAGGACCAAGUGUGUUUUCAAGUAUCACGGAAUCGAUCGAGCGCGUAGAACCGAAUAGAGAAUCUUGAGGAGAGAAGCUCGAAAAGAUGUCAGGGGACCUGGGUAGCCCGCGGAAGGAGCAGGACUCCUGGUCACCCGGGUCGAGUAGCGAGGCGCCAAUUGCGAGAACGUCGACGUCGUCGAGGAAAACUUAGCCGUCUCAUCGCGUACGCUCGCUUGAUGAUCGGCUACGGUGACGAUGAAACGUGUGACGAGCGCAUCCGUUGCGGCCGCCACGGCCGCCGCGACCCAGGUGCAUCACCAGGCCAGGGUCCAGGAGUUGUUCGCUCCCGGACCAAUAUCGACGACGAUGAGUGCGAGCACGGCGAUGGUCGGCGACUCCUGCGCCGACGAGCAGGAUAAGCAACUUGCGACGAUAUCCACCUGGCUCGAGCCGAAGGGCUCGCCGAAGAUCAGCCCCGGCACGAACGACGACAACAAGGCAAAGUCGACGGCGAUGUCGCGAUUGUUAGCCGUCGAUUCCGACAACUACAUGCUGCGCAAGGGCGCCGCGGCGACGACGGCGACGCCGGUGACGUCGUCCACCGCCUCCUCGUCGUCGCAGCCGUCGUCGUCGUUGAACGGUUCCGCGAGCGUGCAACUGCAACGGCAGAUGCAGGGUCUCGCCAUCGGCUCGGCCGCCGCGCCGUCGAUCCUGACAACGUACGGCACGAGCGGCGGCGACCACGUCAACGUCGGUCAGCUGUGCGAUGUCACGCGUACGACGUCGAGAUCGACGGGGACGUACGUGUCGCCCAGAUGGUACGCCGGUGGUAAUGGUAACCAGGUGACGAGGCAGCAUCGAGAGGGAACGGUGACGGCCGAGGAACAAUCUCCGCAGCAGCAGUUGCAGCUGCAAUCGCGUACGGCAACGACGUCCGCGACGUUGGCGGAGGGCGUCGAGAGCGAGCUCGGUUUCACGAAGUUCGUGUGCGCGAGGUUGGUGUCCUUUCAUCGGUACAUGUGUUGGUGCGGCACCCAGCCUGCCGGUGGCCUGGCGGAGGCCGUUGACGCGAACUCGAUCGGCGAUCGCGCCAAGGGCGGCAAGAGCGCGGCCACCCCGUACGAAGGGCCGGCCGCGAGACGAACGGUGCGCGACGAUAGUUUUAAUAGUAGUAGUCUAUGCUGCUGCAUGUGCGGUUCUCUAUGUCCCGCAGAGUGCCACGCGUGUUUCCACAUCGUGUGUUCGGACUACAGCAGCCAGCACCUGUGCCAAUGGAGUACCAAGGGUCACGCGCUACCCGGCCAGGUUCACGACAAGGACAAGCCCGUCAGUGAGUGGACGUCAUUAAACGUAGUUGAAUGGAUGUCAGCCCUAAAUCUGUACCGCUAUGCGGACGUGUUCAAGUCGAAGGACAUCAAAGGCAGCGAUCUGCUUCAUCUGGAUCGGGAGAAGCUCAUGAAUAUGGGUAUAAAAGAUGAGUUCCAUCAAAGGAGUAUCUUGGUCUGCAUCGAGGAACUCUGCCAAUCGUCGCCGCCACCCCCAGUGGCGACGGAGACGGCGAGUUCCCCGGUCACAACGAUACCGACGUCCGGCGUCGCCGCGGAAUCGGGCUGCUCGCUCGGAGUCAACUAUUCGGGCAACAACGUGGUCAAUAAGGCGCACAAACUCACGCAGCACAGCUUCAGCAUCUUGGAGAAGUGCGGCAAAUGCCAUAAAUACCUCAGGGGUCUCUUACAUCAAGGCUUUCUCUGUCAAGAUUGCGGGCUGGUCGCUCACAGGACGUGUUCAAAGACGGGUUUGCCUUCCAAUUGCAUAUCGGUCGACACGGACAAUCGUAUCGGCAGGUUUACUUCAGUGUUCGGUCGCGGUCUGUGCCUGCAAUUCGACAUCGUCACCCACUCGGCGCCGGUUCUGGUGGAGCGGUGCACCCACGCCCUCGAGCAGCGGGCGUUCGCCGACACAAAGCUGGACCUCUACAAAGUUUACCACAACAGCAAUACGCCUAAUGAGCAGACCCUCGAGCUGCGACAAAAGCUGAACGAAGAUGUCUACAACGCGGAUUUAAGUCCGUAUACUCCGCAGUGCAUUGCGAGUGUCCUGAAGAAGUUCCUGCGAGAAUUGCCGGAUCCGGUGAUCCCUGUACAAUGGUACGACAGAUUCCUAGAGGCGUCAAGUAUGAGAAGCGACGAGCAAUGCGCGGCGCGCCUCAAUCAAUUAGUAGCCGAGCUACCGGAACAUCAUCGUAGCACAUUGUGUCAUUUGAUGGCGCACUUCUGUCGCAUCUGCCAGUUGCAGCACGCGAGAGCCUACACGGAACAGCCGACCAUCCUCGUGCAAAUGCUCUGCCACAUAUUUCUCAGGCCGCCUUGGGAGCGAAUCAUCCAAGUUGUCCACAACACGGAAGCUCAUAUACGCAUAAUGGAAUUGUUGUUGUUACACGGCGAUUGGAACGAGAGGUUGCCUGAGUUUGCCAGUCCUCCUCAAUUACCCCCGCGUAAAGUUUCGAGACCGCAUUUUUCAAUCGUGGACCCGAGUCUCGAAGGAGAUGCUGUAGACAGAACGGUCCAACCUGGCGCGGACCAACAACCACACAGGCCGCGCACGCUUCAAGAAGCCGAAUGGUAUUGGGGUGACAUCACGAGAGAUGAUGUGAACGAGAUGAUGAUUGAUUCACCGGAUGGCACCUUUCUGGUACGCAAUGCGUCUUCCAAGUGCGGCGAGUACACUUUAACACUACGUAAGGGCGGGACCAACAAACUUAUCAAGAUCAGCCAUCGAAAUGGGAAAUAUGGAUUUUCGGAUCCUUACAACUUCCAUUCGGUCAUCGAGCUGGUCGAUUACUAUAGAAAUUGCUCCCUCGCACAAUACAACGCCGUGCUGGACAUUAAGCUACUCUACCCGGUAUCGCGAUUUCAGCAGGAGGAUGAAAUCACGAAUACGACCGAUAUGGCAAAGGUGCUGCAGAAGUUUCUUGAUUUAGAGAAGGAAGUAAGUGACGGUAUCCGGCAGUACCACAAUUGUUGGGAUUUAUAUACCAAAACAUCUAGUGAAGUUGAGCUGAAGACUCAGGCGAUGGAAGCCUUUCAGGAAGCCAUCAAGAUGUUUGAAGAACAGAUUAGAUUACAAGAUGAGUUCCGUAAAGAAGCUCAGCCCCACGAGAUUUCCACUUUAACGGAUAAUUCGGAGUUGCUGCAACGAAGACUAAAGGCCUUAAGAGACAGCAAGAUUCAAUUGCAAGAGAAUCUGAAUCAACAAACUGCUUAUAAUAGAACCCUCGAGAGAGAAACAUGUAGGUUGAAAUCGGAGACUGGACAGCUCGCGCGACAAAGGGAUCGCUACGCUUUAUGGUUGAAGAAAAAUGGGAUAAAACAGAAUAAGGACUUUGCGAUCCAUUCCGACGAGAAAACGUGGCUCUAUCUACAGGGUUCUCGUCCCGAUGCUGAUCGCAUUCUCAAGGGCAAACCUGACGGUACUUUUCUUGUUCGCCGAUCAAGAACGGGCCAGUACGCGCUCUCUAUAGUGUGUAACGGCGUGGUACAACAUUGCAUAAUAUACGGCACCGAGCGCGGCUAUGGUUUUGCCGAACCUUACAACAUCCAUCAGAGCCUGAAACAUCUCGUGCUGCACUAUGCCCAGAACUCCUUAGAGGAACACAACGAGUGCCUAACCACCACCUUGGCCUAUCCCGCGUUUGCGCCACCCGCGGCGCUCGCGCAACUGCAAUCCCAGCAGAAGCAAUUUCAGAUUUACGCUCAGAACCAAAUGCCAAUUGCGCGACAACCCCACGAGAAUCAGCUCAUGUCGCAUACGUAAUAUUGGCAUGCUGAUUAGCGUCGCGAUCAGUAUCCGAUUGAAUCCGAAUACGUUUACGCAGACGUGAAUUCUGCUGCUACAAGCGCCGACACGAUUGGCGAAUCCGAUUGCAUCACGCAAGCCUUUCUUGAUGAGUUCGAACAUGUUCCACUGUGAAACAGAACGUUCAGGAACAUUUUCCAAAACCACGUACAAUAAUUAUGCACAUAGUCAGGGGAAACAAUAUCUCGCGCGAAUAGACAUCAUAAAAGCGCGCAAUCGAAAGCGUGCAACCAGAUGCUUGAGCAUCAUCGAACGAUAGAUAGGUAAGUCACGAAAUCCACGAAAACUCCUUCGAUGAAAAAACGUGUUUAAUAGCCGCAACAGUAAUAAACAUAAGAACUAUUAGUGAUAGAAUUAGAUGUACACGCGUUAUCGUGAUGUGGUAAUGAUCGCUUUGACUAACACAGAGGUUUCCAAACGUCAUACUUUAAAAGAUGGUCUUUAUCUGAAAAGAUACAAGAAAGAGAUAAGCAAGUCUUCUUUCACAGGGUUUAAUAACAAAUUAAAAACUUAGAAAAUUUCAUAAAAUUGAAUCUUUAUAUCAGCAGCGAUUUUUUAAUUAAAUAUUCAAACAUUUUUCAAUCAGAAUUUAGAAAUGAUACCAGAAUAUCAAGUUAAAAGUAAUUGACUGCUUCUGUUUAGUAAGCUAAUAGUAGUUAAUUGCUUAAAUUUCUAAAAGAUUCAGGAUUUGACUUUAUUUUCGGAAUGUUUACCAAAUAAUAAUUAGAUGUUUCGUAUAUCUGUACUUUCUUAUCUCGACAUAUAGAGCAAACGUGAAAAGAAUAUUAGUUUCAAAGAAUCGUUAUAAACCAAAAAGGUUUGGAAACCUCUGACACUUAACAGGACCAACGACACCAACGACAGAUGUCAUCAACGCUCCCUCAGGAUUUAUACAACGCAGAGAGCCCUGUCGAAGGUUUAUGCGGAGAUUACAGCGGAAUGAUGGCGCGACAUUACCGCCACCGAUUUUGUUCUCCGCCAAAUAUGUUUUUAAUCUUGACGCUCGUCAUCGCGCAGAAUUGAUCCGCUCGGAAUCAUCGGCGUUGGGACGCGUCGUUGUUUCGGCGACGGGGAUAGCGAAACUCGCUUCAUUCGCGUAGAUUUUAUCGUUCAGGUAAUCAGGGUAGUCAUAUCUCUAUGACCGUCUAGCCCUUAACAGCCUGAAACAUUUUCAGAAAUUAAUUAGCUCGUAUCGAGCGGUAAUAUAGUUUUAAAUUUAGCUUUGAAUUAGUGUUCAUUAUUGCUCGAUUUUGUGUAGGAUUGAUUGUAUCAAUUCUAUAUGGUUUAAAUCAUACUAUUGACAAAAGAUAAUUAAAAUAUCAUUCAUGAAAUAUUCAUGAAAAUCUAACAUUUUUGCUAUAGUUAUAUAAUAAGUCGAAGCUAUAAUAGAGUGGUAUAUUCAUUUAUAGCUAUUACAGUAUUUAUACUACUGUAAAAGCGUUUAAUACGUUAAUGCUUUUUUGAUGAAAGAUUCACAAUGAAUCGUAUAGUUUUUGUGCAAUAAAUUAAACUAGUUCACGUGUUACUAUUCAAUGUUGUUAAAUGCCUUUAUUAAAUGUAAUAUAUUCUGUUUCUCCUACAAAAAUUACAUUUGUUAAUUUCAAUGUAUUAAUUUUAAUUCACCGUUAUGAAUCAAGAUCUGCAUAUUUUCAAUGCAAUUGUCAUAAUACAUUAGGUUUUUAAGGGUUAAACGUGAUCAAUAAAAUUAAAUGAUCACUUUCUUAUUACUCGAAAUUCCUAAAUGCUUCAUACGCAAACAUACGCGAGUUCGAUGAAGAGCGCGUGCAUUGAAGACGGCGGUAUUUUUAUGUAAUUUGCUAAAUUACAAUAAUAAUAGAAUAUAAUCAAGCGAAAUCUUAUAUGAAUAAAGCGUCUUUAUAUCGUUUUGAUAAUAAUUGAAAAGCGAGGGAACUCGAUAAAUCCAUUUUUUUAUGGAAAAUUUAAAGAAAUGUUCUUUUUAAACUAUACU